AUAACAUUAUCAUUAGGUAAGAAGAAAAAAUGCCUUAAUUCAUCAUUUAUAUAAUUCAAUAAAAUUUACACACAGUUAACACUUAACGUAAAUACAUACAACUAAUAAAAUUAUAUUAUAUUCACUGAAGUAGCCACAUAAUAAAAAUAUGUGCUAAUGAUAUGAUGUUAAUGAAUUGUGUGUGCUUGUGUGAAUCGUCUUGGUGUCUUAGCAAUUAUUAAAGGAUAAAAAAAAUUUCACGUUAUGUAUGAGAUUUACAUAAAUUAGCUGUUCAUAUAUCGUUGUCUCUCUUUAUAUAUAUGAGAACAAUACAAUAUAGGAACAUUAAUGAGCUUUUCCUAAAAGAGAGGAGCGCUUGACUCUUGAGUGAUUAUGUAAAGUAUUAAGUACAAGAGAAUAGUAUAUUAGAUACAUGACUAAUUGUUAAAUUAUUCAAUUGGUUCGAUCGGUUACGAAUGACCGAAACCAAAUCAUCUAAAUCAAACAAGCUAAAAUUUUAGCCAAACUAAAUGAACUAUCCAAAUUAACCUAUUAUCCGAAUACCGCCGUUUAAAAUGGUUACCACAUCGUUUGAACAUCCCUAAUUUUAUGGUUAUUAUCGUUUAAAAUAAUUGUUGUAUGAUUUAUAUUGUAAGUCAAGAAAAGUUUAUAAAAAUAAUUAAUAUUUAAUUGAAUUAGUCAUGAUUAAUAUUUUGAGAUAGAAAAAAUAUGUACAUUAUUAUAGAAUGGAAUUAGUGGCAUAAUGUAUCAUAUGGUUUUGCAAGCCCACGACCAUUAUAACCACCCAAACUCAUAUCGCGUGGGUUAUAAUUGGGUGGAUUCGAGUGGGUUUAGUGGUUUACCCAUCUAUCUAAUGACCCGGCCCUUGCAGGGAAUGCGACGCAGCUGCCCUCUUCUUAGUUCUUAUCACUUCGCUCGCUGCUCCUUCCUCCCGAGUCCAAAACCGAUAAUCACUCCUCGCAUCCCUUCCGUCGGAGCAGUCAACGAAAUCACAUCCCAUGGCGACCUCAUCCGUCUCCGCUUCGAGAUUCGGUUCUCUCGCCUUCUCCCCCAAUCCUAUCUCCUCUCCCGAACCCCGGAAGCUCGCUCUCCCCUUCCGCCCUCUCGGCUCAAGGAAGCUGAGCAAGUCGACCUGCGAUCAAAUUAAUCUGCGGACCGCUGCUUAUUCCGGCUCCAGCAGGUUCUGGACGCCCGAGACAAGUUCUCGGCGCGGAAUUUGGUCGAUAAGGGAUGAUUUGGAAGUUCCAGCAUCUCCGUACUUGCCUACGUAUGCCAACGGUAGAGGCGAAGCUCAGGGACCGCCUCCAAUGGUUGCCGAGCGUUUUCAGAGCGUGAUUACGCAGCUUUUCCAAUAUAGAAUUAUAAGAUGUGGUGGUGCCGUUGAGGAUGAUAUGGCAAACAUUAUUGUUGCUCAGCUCCUCUAUCUCGAUGCUGUUGAUCCUAAUAAGGAUAUUGUCAUGUAUAUAAAUUCUCCAGGAGGAUCAGUUACAGCUGGUAUGGCAAUCUUUGACACAAUGAGGCAUAUCCGACCUGAUGUCUCUACUGUCUGUGUUGGACUAGCAGCUAGUAUGGGAGCUUUCCUGCUUAGCGCUGGAACCAAAGGUAAAAGGUACAGCCUGCCAAAUUCAAGGAUAAUGAUCCAUCAGCCGCUUGGUGGAGCUCAAGGUGGCCAGUCUGACAUAGACAUCCAGGCAAAUGAAAUGUUGCACCACAAAGCAAACCUGAACGGGUACCUCGCCUACCAUACUGGUCAAAGCCUCGACAAGAUCAACCAGGACACAGAUCGCGAUUACUUCAUGAGCGCAAAAGAAGCCCAAGACUAUGGACUCAUCGACGGGGUUAUCGUGAAUCCUCUCAAAGCUCUCCGGCCUCUGGAAGCUGCUGCGGAGCAACAAUGACCUGGCCCUGUCGCUCGCACAUUGUGUUGCCUCCAUUGAUGGUGCUCUGAAUCCUGUAUUGUUAGCCAGAUGAAAUCAUGUUUUUCUAUGACAACGUUUAAGAACAGGCUUCAACAAUUCACAUAUGGAUAUGGUCAAUAGGAAAAAAACUGGAAGUAUCCUUUAGGACCUGGUUUAUUCGGCAGUUUCGACUUUCUACAUUUCAGUUUUUUUCAAACGUCUAUGGGUCAUUGCGGACUGCGGAGAGUCGGGAAGGGAAUAACAAGGUCAUGGACUCGAGUUUCCCUACUCUCCUGCAGUCCUGCUCCCUUCUAUUUUUUUGGGGCCUUUCCUUGGCCAGUUGGCCCAGGUGAUUCAUAACUUUGUAUUAAGAAACCCCUUUUUCAGAAAGGGAAUGAGCUCGACAUUUUGCAUAUGGCAACAUGCAAUACAAUUAACAUAUCACGAAGUAAUCUUUUGAGAACUUUUCACAAUUCUUAAAAUGACCACAUUUUUUAAAUAAUUAAUCACAUUUGGUUAAGUAAGCGGGUGACUGUUAUUACAACUUUGACCAUUAGUCGUUAGGGUUUAACACAACUGAUCAAGGCGUUCUCACUCAAUUCAUAGUAAUGAAUCAAUUCACUCUUGUGUUAUUGAUCCCCCUCUUCUAAUCCAUAGUGCUCUAGAGAGUAGAGACUUAAUCAAGUAUUCCCUCUCAUAGGGUCAAAGCAGAAUCAAUAAUCUCGGCUAAAGUAUAAUUGAAUAGUGAAUACAAUCAUAGAUUGAAUAGGAACCCGAGAAUAUGAAAAUAGAGUACUCAUACAAUCAUACAAUAAAGCUACGCAUGGUUAGAGGUCAUCAAAACCUAAGUGAAGGAGAACUAUUCCAUAGAGAGGAGAGAUAAUAGAGUAAAAAGCUCCAAAAUCUUCAAUCUUCUUGUCUAGGCUUGAUCUUCUAGCUCCAAGGGCGGUGGCAACCUCCAAAUUUGCUCCAAGAUCACUCCUAGAUCGCUCUCCCUCUUUUUGGAACGCCCCUUGGGGGGUUUUUUUUUGCCAAAACCCCGAUUCUCCCUCCUUCAGAAUUGCAAAACAACCUUUUUACUUGACAGUGCACGAGACACUAUCACAAGUCACGACCAUGAUAUAGACACAUGCCGCAACAUGGAACCAAAACAUGAAACCUAAAACGGGAAAGGAAAAAUAUCAUUUUUCAAGUAUCGUCAAGGCACUUCAAAUUUUAGUCACAUUCGAACCAAACGAGAGGAGUGUACGUAGAAAUUUCCAAAUAGUUUUAGUGAAUGAACAUAACUCAUACUGACGAAAUUGCAUAAUCGAUUGAUGUUAUUUACAAUGUUGCAUAACAAAAUUGAUUGACGAGCUACGAGAUUGUGUGAAAAUUAGGAAUAUUUGCAUGAACAUAAGUUUAUCUAUGACUGUUAAAUAAAAUUGCACGGGAAAGUAUAAAAUACACCGUGAAAAUUUUAACCAAUUUCUUUGAUUAUAAGUUGUAACAGGAGGCAUAACUCAAAACAUAAAAAAAUUUAGAAUGU